AUGUGUGGUAGUGAGAUAAAAUUGUUCGAGAGAUUGGAGUUCCCGUAUACCAAGGAGGUCAAGGACUUGAAAAGUAAGGCUAGACCUAAUCUCCAACUAGGAAAUGUUAACAAAAGUUUUUAUGGUGUUUUGAAAGACAUAAGAAAUGACCUGAUAUACAAGAAGCUGAAGGAUAAAGCCAAACUAUGGCUAGAUAGAUAUAUUUCUGACAUAGCUGGUGUAACGGACAUCAAUAUUGAUCAAUAUUAUCCACCUGAAGAUAUUGAAAAAUUGACGCUUUUUUUGAAUAAAUUGAAAGAAGCAGGUAUAUCAGAUAUACAUUACAAUUCUGUUGUCUACUAUAUUUUAAAAGAUUUUUCAUUUGAUGCUGCAGAAAACUUCAUAAAAAUUGGAUCGGACAAACCGUUAUCAGAUAUGGGUAAUUUGUCUUUAACUUGCAAGAUUGGGGCUACUCAGUAUGAUUUCAUCAAUUCAUUAUAUUUUUUUGAUAGAUUCAAUUCAAUUGAAGCUUUUAGACAUUUAGAAAACGGUAGCAGGGCUAUUCAAAAUCCACAGUUUAUUGAACAUUUAAUUAGAUUCUCCAAUAUUCUACCUUAUGAACCAUAUAUUGAUAUAAAAAAAAUUACAAGCUUGAAUGAUAUUAGAACUUAUAUCAAUAUCAAAUCAACUCAUGGGACUUCAUACUCAGUGAUGUCUGUGAUAUCCAACUUCAGCACAUCAAUUUUACUACUUGAUUUGGAUAUAUUGUUCAUUUAUUUAAACGCCUUGACUGAUGUCUCACCUUUAAAUUCAAUAUUAUUAUUAAAUGAACUUAUAGCAAAUUAUCAACCAGAUUCAUUGCCAAUUUCUAUUGAAUUAAUAACCAAAAUUAUCGUCAAGAAACUGUUUAUCAAAACAUCAAGAGAAAGAGAUAUAAUGAGACAAUUAUACCUUGAGGGUAUCCUAUCAGAACCUCAAUUUAAUCAAAUAUUCAACACUGUAACAAUGUUUGAAAUAUACAACAUACAACAUUCUCCAAAGAUUGAAUUAAUACUUUAUAAUAUAUUAUUAGGUGUUAAAUCAAACGAAGAAAAAUUAUUCAUUACAAAAUACCCACAUUAUUUUAAUAAAUUAGAUGAAAAUGAUGAUCAAGUGAAAUCACUUAUUAGAGAUUUUUUAAUUUUGAAAACUGUCUCUGGAUUCAUUGUUAAUCCAGAUGAUUUAUUAAGUUUAACUAGAUUUAACAAUACAAUUACAUCACCAGAUCAAAUAAGAUUAUCUGAAAUCGCACAACUGUUUGAAAACAAAAGAGUAUAG